AUUCAUUGCAUCGUUGUAGCGCAUUGUUUUAUUUGUAAAGCAGAUUCAGACAAGCAGUGCGCCGGUCUAUCAGGUGCCGUGUGUUUGUGCGCGUGUAUGUGUGUGUGUGUGUGUGCGUGUGUAUGUAUGUGUGUGUGUGUGUAAUACAGCGGCUCGCGAUGUCCACGCUCUCCACCACUGUUCUGGUGAUCCGAUAGUUGUGAAAAGCCACCACUAGUCGCCCCCAGUGCUCUUGCAGUCUCCAAUUUUCUUUCCCACUGUAGACUUAACGUCACGUCCGCACUUGAACUUGAAUUUUAUCCCAUUGUACGGAGGCAGCCCUCGCCACAGAGACACAGAGAGCUCCCGGAGAAGCAGGACUCCGCCAUCUUCAUACAGGCAGAAAAAGGAAGAAGAAAAAAAGCUUCAUUCAUUUGGAAAGGAGGUGGCAAGUCCAUGUCCCUGGUCUCCAGUGCGCAAAGCCGAAUAGGGGAGCAAGUGCAAAGAGUUGGAGAGAGUGCAAAGUAACCGGGCAUCGCAUGCACUUAGAGCCCAGGAGAGAAGAAGAAGAACUGUCCAGUGCUUGGCACGCUCAAGUGCCAACUCAAGGAGAAAUUGGAUUCAUUUCAUCCAAUCUAAUAAGUAAUGACCGUUUUUCUUUUUUAGAUUUAAUUGGACUCAGAACGAAACAAUUGACUCAUCCACAAGGCACAGGACGAAGAGAGAUAUAUAGAGAGAGACACUUUAGAGGGUCCAACCUUUCCAAACGCACCGGGCAUUACACGCCAAGACAUUUCCAGUGGUUUCUGCACAACUGUCAGUCGUCAAGGAUAUUUUCGCCCUCGGACAGAUCGCGCUCGGCACACCGCUUAAGUGCAUGUGUGUGUCGCUGAGGUACUGAGCGUCUGCGCGUCUCUGGUCAUCUGGAGAGCCGGAGCGCAAAGACACUUUCGCUUCUCUCACAUUCACGGGACCCCUAUCUCUAUCUCGGCUCGGAACUGUGGCAGUUCUUUGGAAGUCCCGGGAAAAGUUUGCUGCCGAGGGGGGAAAAAGCCCACGCCACGGACACGGAGGACCGAAGAGGCUAGCCGACUAUUCCUUGUGCGGGUCUCUGGGCGAUGCCAGUGUAAAUGCCAGGGCAAUGUCCCGUCGCAAGCAGGGAAACCCUCAGCAUUUGUCGCAAAGAGAAAUUAUAACACCAGAAGCUGAGCAUGUGGAUGCGGGACUGGCCGUGGCUGAUCUCCACUCUCACCCUCACCCGCUGCUGGAUCCCAGCAUGCCUGGGCCUCUGCCGCCAGGCCUGGGCGACCACGACCUCCUCACUUGUGGCCAGUGCCAACUAACCUUCCCACUGGGGGACAUUCUGCUCUUCAUCGAGCACAAGAAGAAGCAAUGCCAGGCUCUGACGUCCGGCCACGGCUGCUACGACAAGAUGGCGGACCGCAAUAGCCCCUCGCCGCCCCGCGCCGAGCUGAGGAAAGUGGUGGAACCGGUCGAAAUCGGAAUCCAGGUGACACCUGAAGAGGAGGACGAGAGACUGUUGACGCCCCCAAAAGGAAUUUGCCCCAAGCAAGAAAGUGGCCUGGCAGGUAGAGAUGAACCCUCAAGUUACAUAUGCACAACGUGCAAACAACCCUUUACCAACGCCUGGUUCCUUCUGCAGCAUGCUCAGAAUACACAUGGGAUCCGCAUCUACCUAGAGACCAACUCAUCGAAUACCUCCCUAACACCACGGAUCACUAUUCCUCCCCCAAUUGGUGCUGAAUCUAUACCACAGUCCCCGUUAACCAACUUUUUGGGGGACAACAACCCCUUCCACCUACUACGGAUGACUGGGCCUCUACUGCGAGAGCCCCCACCAGGCUUUGUGGAAAACCGUAUCCCCAAUACGCCUCCCUUUGUCAGCCCCCCUCCACGCCAUCAUUUAGAUCCCCAUCGCCUGGAACGCCUUAGCGCAGAGGAAAUGGGUUUAAUCUCCCAGCAUCCCAGUGCCUUCGAAAGAGUGAUGCGCAUGACACCCAUGGCCAUGGAGUCCCAGUCCAUGGAUUUCUCCCGCCGAUUGAGAGAGCUUGCUGGAAACAACAAUUCCACUCCACCAUUGUCACCGAGCCGUGCUAACCCUAUGCAUCGCCUUCUCAAUCCCAACCCCUUUCAGCCCAGCCCGAAAUCACCCUUUCUGAGCACCCCUCCACUGCCUCCCAUGCCCCCUAACAGCACCACCCCGCCACAGACACAGGGCAAGUCGAAAUCUUGCGAGUUCUGUGGCAAGACCUUCAAGUUUCAGAGUAAUCUGGUUGUUCAUCGGCGAAGCCACACAGGCGAGAAACCUUACAAGUGCCAAUUGUGUGACCACGCUUGUUCUCAAGCGAGCAAAUUAAAACGCCACAUGAAGACCCACAUGCACAAAUCUGGUUCCAUGACAGGGCGCUCUGACGAUGGCCUGUCCACCACCAGCUCACCUGAGCCAGGCACUAGUGACGUCACUGGGGAGGGUAUAAAAAAUCGGGAUGGUGAUUUCAAAGGCGAGGGCAUGCUCCAAGACAAUGAAGAGGAGGAGGAAGAGGAAGAGGAGGAGGAGUUGGAAAAUGAAAGCAGGCCUGAGUCAAACUUCAGCAUGGACUCUGAGUUCUGUCGGAAUAGGGAAAAUGGCUCAAAGCCUCCUUCAGAUGAGAAGACCCUUUCGUUAGGAAAGAUGGUGGAAAAUGUAGGGCUCAGCUCCAUCCAGCAGUACAAUAACUUAAUAGUUGACAAUCGGAAAAGGCUUCCAUUCUCUAAAAGGAUCUCGGAAGUGCAGAGGGAAGUGGGUGAUGACGAUUCAGUAGUGGGGGAAAUGGACCAAGUAGAGCGGGCAACUGUGAAUGGAAGGAACUGUGGCUCAGGCGACUCUUUCUCAGGCCUGUUUCCCCGCAAACCCACUCCCAUAACCAGCCCCAGCCUCUCCAACUCCUCUAACAAGAGGAUCAAAAUUGAAAAGGAUUUGGACAUACCCCCAGCCCCCCUAAUCCCAUCUGAAAAUGUCUACUCCCAGUGGCUGGUGGGCUAUGCAGCAUCCCGCCACUUCAUCAAAGAUCCUUUCCUUGGCUUCACCGACUCCAGACAAUCUCCAUUCGCCACCUCCUCGGAACACUCCUCCGAGAACGGAAGCUUGCGAUUCUCUACGCCGCCAGGGGACCUGCUGGACGGGGGCCUCUCCGGCCGCAGUGGUACUGCUAGCGGAGGCAGCACCCCGCACCUGGGUGGGGGGCCAGGACCAGGCCGGCCUAGCUCGAAAGAGAGCCGGAGGAGUGACACCUGUGAGUACUGUGGGAAGGUGUUCAAGAACUGUAGCAAUCUGACAGUGCACAGACGCAGCCACACAGGCGAGAGGCCCUACAAGUGUGAGCUUUGUAACUACGCCUGCGCCCAGAGCAGCAAGCUCACCCGCCACAUGAAGACACACGGCCAGCUCGGUAAGGAAGUGUACCGCUGUGACAUUUGCCAAAUGCCCUUCAGCGUCUACAGCACGCUUGAGAAACACAUGAAAAAGUGGCAUGGGGAACAUUUGAUGACGAAUGAGGUCAAAAUUGAACAAGCAGAGAGAAGCUAAGCCAGAUUUCCUAUUUUGCCUCACAAUUCCUUGAUUAUAAAAGGGGUAGCUGGAUACUCUGUUUUUUGUUUAGUUCGGUUGUUGUUUUUUGGUUGCUUGUUUGUUUGUUUUCAAGUUAAUGGUUUGAGUUAGUUUUGUCCUAAGAAACUGCCAUCUGAGAAUGAUAAAGACAUUAAAGAAGUGGAAAAUGCAAAAAAAUAAAAAUAAAAAAAGAGAGAGAGAGAGGGCGGGGGGUUAAUUUGGAGACGGUAUAAACCGCAUAUCUAUGAAUGGAUACAUUACACAAUAUUUUAAAUGGAGCCUUUAACUGUGCAAUAAUUUCUGUAUUUAUUGGAUUUUAAAUAUUUUGGCAUGUGCAGGUUAAUUUUUAUUUCAUAAUUUUUUUAUUCCAUAAUCUUAUGAUUUAUUUCAAAUGCUGAGAUUUUUCUUUUUAAAUCUAAAAGACAUCCUGAGAGAUUUUUUUUCUUUGUUUUUUAGCAAAACAGAGUAUCGUUGAGGCCGCUGCUUACAUUGUAGAUUAUUUAAGCUACACAUGUAAUUUCUUGAAGAGAAGCCGCAUUCAAUCUUCAAAUUUUGAAAGCUGAAUUGAGAAAGCUAUUAGUCUUUAUUUUUCUUUUUUGCUUAUUAUUCAUACUUGCAAAAUGAGCGGACAACAAUCCUUAGACCUUGUAGCACGAACUGAUCUGAAGCAUGUCAAUCUAAUUGGGAAUGUAGCACUGAAUAUCAGUUCUGACAGUAAAUCUAAAGAGGACUGUGGGGCUGAAAACCUCUGUCUACUCGAAAUCAAGGAGAGGAGACUUUAAACCAGACUAAAGCGAAGGCAGCUGCUUAUUGGUACCCAGUACCGGCCCAAACAACGCUAGUCAUAGGUCUCAGUAGUGAGUUUUUAAAUCGCCAGCACCCUUUCCACAGACACUGCACUUAAUCAAACCCAUUUGAUUUCGCUGAACAGCACAAUAGUGAUAGAAGGAAGACGGCUUUAAAACAACUCAGGGUGAGCUGUAUAGCUACUUCUGCCAAGUCUGCUAUCUGAUCUCAGCCGUCUUCUCUGAUAAAGCAGUCCAGUCCUCUGGUUGAGCUCAUUCACAACCCUCGCCUCGUCUCCACACUUCAUAUUACACUGCCAACCACCCUUAAACGUCAUAAAUCAACUCCAUCCCUCACAUAAAAGUGGCUUAUCAUACUACAUCGCUGUUAAGUUAAAGUGACAGACAUCUAGGCCAGAGGAUGAAGCAGUUUUACACUAGGAGAGUGAUUUACACACACACACACAAGCAGGAAGAGAAAGAGAGAGAAGGGUCUUUACAGUCCAAUUCGGGUUAGUAAACCUAAAAGCACAUUAGUCAAGGCAGCACCACUGUUCUGUUUCCAUUGACUGACAUUUUUGUAAUAUUUUGUGUUCAGUUCUGUUGUUUCAUUUAUGGGUCUGCGGUUCCUGAGGGAGUCACCACUUUAACCAGAUUAGAUUAGAACUGAUCCAAUUAUAAUUCAUUCUCUUACAAUGUUUUUUAGAAUCACUUGAAACAGCCCUAUGCAUUUUUGUACAUAUAUAAAUAUAUAUUUAUCAAUCAUUUUGAGAAGCAAAUUUAUACUGCACAGUAAAAUCUGAUUCUAGUGUAUGAUAUUGACUUGUCUGGUUAAUCUGGUCAUGUCCCGUGUGUCAGAGCCAUCAGCAGGUAUGCAGAUUAGUCAAUUGCACAGUAAAAGAGUGUAUGUCAUGACCUGUUGAGCGUGUGCUAAAACAGUAAGACAAUUUUUUUCUUUCUUUCCUCUCAUUCAGGACUUCCUGUGAUGUGUAGUUGAACGCAUUCUCAGAAGUAGCAACACGCUUACAGAAUGCACAGCUGAAUUUUCCCUUUUCUUUUCUCUUCUAUCCAACUGAUUUAUUGGCAGUUAAACAGCCUUCUUUCGACAAGAUGCCCUAACCAGCGCAAACGAUUGAAGCGAGGGAAUAUCGUGGUUUCUUUCUUUUUUUAAAUAAAGCAAAAGAGCAAAGCAAACUAAUGAAAUAGAAAGAAAGAGAGAGGAAGAAAAGUAAACAUACACAGCUCUUCGCAGUUGACCCGCACUUUAUUAUUUGUUGAUUUACAUAUUUGAAAACAAUGGCGAAAACGGCUUCUGAGCAAGAAAUUAUGUUCAAAAAUGGAUUUAUUGGGCCUUGCUAGAGGGAGCAUCUGAGAUUGAAGUGCCAGCGUUGAUAGGCUUGGCUUUCGCAAUGCUGGCACUAUAAAAAUGAAAUUAAUUUAUUUGGACAGUUUUUGUACUGCCAUUCAAUUUGACAUGAGUGUGCCUUGAAUACUGAUCUUCCUAUUUAUUGUCUUGUAAGACAAAUGCAACACUUUUGUGAAGCAAAGAAUUGAAAAAUUAAGUCCAUGUGGUUUUAAUCUGCUUCUAAAAGAGCAAGGAUAAAAACAGAUCUGUAGGUCAUUUCAGUUGAACUAAGAUGAAAAGUAGCCAGCACAAUACUAAUGUGUGUCUAUGUGUGUAUAUAUGUAUGCAUAUGUACAUAUAAGUGCACAAAAAACACACACAAUAGACAAAUAAAUAAAUAUAUAUAUAUAAAUAAAUAUAUAUGUACAAUUUUUCACUUCAGGACAAGACUGCAUCCCUUGAAAAUAAUGGAUGAUUUUUUUUGUUACAAAUAAUAGUCAAGGAAGAGACUGGACAAAAAUCAGGAACUACAGAAACUUUGAAAAAAAAGAAGAAAAAAAGUAAAACGUUUAGUGCACUCUGUCUUAAAAUACGUUUACAGUAUUGAAACAAGUACAAGGGUAAAAUGAUAUUUCUGUGUAUGUGUGUGUUUUAAACAAGAAUUUUUUGGUUUUCAUUUUUUUCAAGUUUGCUUAUAAGGUUUCUCUGAAUGCCAUAGUGGCGUGUGUAUAUUGGUUUUUGGUGAUGGGAUUUUAUAUAUAUAUAUAUAUAUAUAUAUAUUUGAGACAUUUCUCUUGUUUACUGUAAAAGUAUACCAGUAUUUGUAAUAUUGGAGAAUGCCUGGGCAUUUUACAUAAAAGAAAAAAAGAAAAAAAAAAUCAAAGAAAAGUCAAAAUAUUUUUCCCCAAUUAUCAUUUCUUUCCAUCUUUUCCUUUUUUUUCAAACAAGAAAAAAAGUUUCAUUUUUACAGUCCAAUUUAAAUUGUGGGUCUUUAAAAUGUUUUGUCACUGUAACUGUAAAAGUCUUUGAGUUUUAGUAACUUUUCUGCCUUGGAUGUGAGUAAAUAAAGAUUUAAUUGAAUAAAAAGAGAACUGUAACGGGGCCAGCGACUUUUAUCUAUGGAAAGAUGAUCACAGGACAAAUACUGAGGUUCCCGUCAUGUGUAUCUUUCUGCUAUCUUCUUCAGUGAUGGAUUUUCUAAAUGGCUGGAAUGAAAUACAUGUGUAGGCACUAUGAUGUGUUUAUGUGUGUGUGUGUAUAUAUAUAAAUAUAUACUGUAUAUGUACACACAUUUGGCAGGAUACAAUUGUGAAAAAUUGAAAUUAAAAAUGUACAGAUGAGUUUAAGAGGUUGUCUGACCUUUUACUGUAGCUACAUAUACAACAGUAAAUGUUUUGUUUACUCUUAUCUUGGUUGUAAAUAAUUUUAUAUGCUUGCCCGAACUUUUUGUUUUCCUUCUCUCUCUCUCUCUCUCUCUCUUUCUUGAACUGUUUCUUUCUUUUUUUUUUCUUUUGAACUUGUGUGUUCUGACUAGCACUGGGGGCAUAAUACCUGAUUUCUGGGACCUGGAGAUUUCAGGUCUUUUAGCAUGAGAAGAAUAGAGCACAAAUACAAGAUGUUUUUACUUGUCCAAGUCAUUACUGUGUCAUCAAUUUUCUGAUCAGGAAGUAAAGAAAAAGGUCUGGAAAUUUUUUGAAGGUCUUUCUCUCUCAGUCUCCCUCUCUUUGCACAAACACACACACACACACCCACAGGAAACAGGCUCGCUCAUAAUAUGUCUAAAAUAAUCGACACAUGGGACUUUCAAAUGUGUAGGUAACAGGAUAACUGAGCCAAACCUCGCUGUAUAUGAUCUUCUCUUUGGUUGUGCACAAUUCACAUCAAAGCUUUUUGCCUCCAACCAAAGGCUACAAUUAAAGUCAUCAAGAGCUACUAAAACUGACCACACUCAUGCAGACGCAAAUCAGACAACCUGAGCCACCGUGUACACUUCUGAACCCUUUUCCAGAAUGUAUUAACCUCUGGUAUCUGCAUCUCAAAAUAGAUGUGGCACUCUGUAGAAGUCAGAGAGCUCUGUACGACUUUUUGUCCACUCUAUUAUACAGAACGCUCAUCUCAAACUGACUAUUAUGUUCACUUGUGUUUUGCUAGUUGUUUUUGAAAGCCGCCCUUCUCUGUAUAUUUAAGUCUUUUUUUUUUUUCUCUCUCUCCCGUAUUUCUUCCAAGCAUUAGAUGCCCCUUGUUUGGACUGAGGCAACUUUGGUAUGCAGGUCUUGAAUAAAAAAAACAAGAAUUUUUUA